AAAGUUAAAAAUAAAAAAUAUAAAAAUUCUGUAACAUCCAAGAAAACCCUAAACCCCCCAAAUGAAACAUUUCAAUCAGCUUAAUCUUCGACCCAAACUCAUUUUGAUAUAAAGAUCUAAACUUUUUCAUAAACCAAUAAAAACCCAGAAAUUAAAAUCACAAAAAAUGGCAUUCAGAUCAAAGGAAAUGGUGAAAAAGAUUAUGAAAAAUAUUGGGGGUGAAAAGAAUUUGGAUCCAGGAGUUAAAGAAUCACUGAAAAAAUGUUUGCCGGAUAGUAAGGUGGUUAUGGGUAGGGCCCACCGUGGAAUCUUUGCUGGCCGCCAUAUUCAGUUUGGUAAUCAAGUUAGUGAGAAAGGUGGAAACAAGACUCGGAGGAGCUGGAAGCCCAAUGUGCAAGAAAAGAGGCUCUUCAGUUAUGUUCUGGAUCGCCACAUUCGAGUAAAAGUAACAACACAUGCUCUUCGUUGUAUAGACAAGGCAGGUGGAAUCGACGAAUAUUUGCUAAAGACACCAUACAAAAAGAUGGACACAGAGAUGGGUCUUUUAUGGAAAUCUAAAAUAGAGAAGAUGUAUGAAGAGCUUGGAAACAUGGAGGUUGUUUUCUUUCCACAAGAGCAAGAAACCAAACUUGCAGAGGAAUUUAAAGAUAUGAGACUAGAACAACGGCUUGCUCGUAGGAUUGCCCGAAGGAAGGCAUUUCUUGGGUCUCCAGAACCCGAACAAAUUGAGGCAGGUAGUGAAGAUUCUGAAGCAAAUCAUCAUGAGGAACUUGUUGCUAAUUCUUAGGUAUGUUUUGGGAUGGAUUUUGAGUACUGGAGUUCUGGAUUUUUAUUUAUUUCUUGUUUUUUACUUUGUUAAGAAAUCAUCCUUGUAAUAAGCUUUUGUAUCACUGCUAGUUAAAAGUUCAGGGUGAUAAAUAUCCCACAAAUUGUCCAUUGUUUAGACUUC